AUGUCUGCACCGACCCAAAACGAGAAAGAACUAGGUGCAGUAUCAGUGAAUAGUCAGUCCUCAGAAGCACCUCCCACUGAGAACGAUGCUGCGAGGGAGAAGAGACUCGUCAGAAAGACGGAUCUGUUGAUGAUGCCAGGCCUAGCAUUGGCCUACUUCACCCAUACCCUAGACCGUGCCAAUCUAGGCAACGCCAAGACAGAUGGCAUCGAGGAUGACCUAGGCAUGGUCGGCAACCAAUUCUCGCUUUUACUGGUCUUGUUCUACGUUCCAUACGCGCUUUGCAACAUUCCCUGGUCCAUCCUGGCGAAGAAGUAUAACGCGUCCGUGAUCAUCCCAUUCGCAAUCUUCGGUUGGGGAGCCUGUACGAUGGGAGCAGCAGGAGCAACGAACUUUGGAGGCAUCAUGACCACCAGGAUCUUCAUGGGUGUCCUCGAAGCGGCGUAUAAGCCGUGCGAGGUGUACUACUUAUCUUUAUUCUAUACGCGAAAGGAGAUGGGGUUUCGUGUAUCAUGGAUUGGCCAGAUGGGUUUCAUCGCGGGAGCCGUAAGUGGCUUGAUCUCAUGGGGAGUCUUCCAGUGGGACAAAGGUCUUCACGGAUGGCAAUACCUGUUCAUCAUCGAAGGUUCGAUCACGAUCGGCGUUGCUAUCUACUUGUACCUUUGUGCACCACGCAGCCCAGAGAAGUCACGUUUCUACACAGAGGAUGAAGUGCGAUUGGCAAAGUAUCGCCUGGAGCUAGACUCACAGGACAUUGACAAGAAGUUCCGCUGGGAGGACGCCAAAGCUCAACUCAAACAAUGGCAAACAUGGGCAUUCGCCUUCAUGGCGCUGAUGUACGGCGUGGGCGUCGCCAGCAGCUCCAACUUCCUACCUACCAUCAUCAAAAGACUGACAGUCAAAGCCACCACCGCCAACCUCUACACCGUGGGGCCCAACCUCACAGCCUCCGUCCUGCAACUCAGCACCGUCUGGCUCUCGGACCGCUACCAACAACGCGCCACCUUCGCCUGCGGCGCCACCGUCAUCGCCCUCGUCGCCUGGAUCCUGCUCGGCGCCCUCGACCUCGUGCACCACGUCCAAGUCGGCUACUUCCUCACCUACCUCACCACCUCCUUCACCUUCGUCUCCAGCAACAUCGUCCCCGUCUGGCUCGCCACCAACACCCCCACCACGACGGGGCGCGCCGUUGCCCUCGGCCUCAACUACAUGGCUAUGAACGCCGCGGGCAUCGUCUCCUCGCUGACAUUCCGCGCCGAGGAUGCGCCCGUCUACGCGCCCGCGCUGAUCACGGUCGGGUGCACGCAGGCGGCGUUCGUGGUGGCGGCCGUGUUCAUGCGGCAGUACUAUGCAAGAUUGAACCAGAAGCUGGACGCGGGGGAGUUGGCCUAUGCGCCGGGCAUGGCGGCGCGGCCGCAGUAUCGCUAUGCGGUGUGA